UGCGCUCACUGACUGAGUGAGUCAGGCACCGAGUGCGGCCUCGCACUGAGCAGUCACAUCCGCUCAACGUCGUCGCCCGCGACCGCUCCAACGGCUCAGCCAGUCAAUUCUGUGGGCAUCCGCACGUCUUUGCCUUUCUUACCAUCACAACGACUCGACCUCAGCCCGCUCCCCUCCCCGAUUCCUCCCUUUCCAUUGUACAUCGCCAACUCCAGCUUAGCAGCACCACGCAUCACGCACCACGCCCCACGCUCGCACGCACGCACACACGCCCACAUACCAGCAUCAUGCUCUUCAUCACCGCUCUCUGGUUUCUGCUCGCCACCGCUACGACGUACGUGGUGGCAACCGACCCCGAUGGGUCGUCUUACCCUCCUCCCAACACGCCCGACAGCCUCCCCGUCAACGACACGAUCCCCCUCGUAGCCUUCGACUGCAGCAAGACGCCCGCGGUGUGUGCCACCAUCUGCGACUGGUACGGCCAGGCUGAGCGCGAGGGAGGUUACAGAUGCGACAGUGCCUUGAGCCUCGACUCGGCCGACCAUCACAAGCUCAAGACUCGCGAUGGCCUCGAUGAGCCUGAGAGGUGCGGUGACGAGCGCGACUAUACUGGAUCGGGCGAGUGCAAGGUCGCUUUCCCUCCCAGGGACACGCACCAGGGCAAGCUCAGUGUUGGCCGCCAGAAGAGCAAGCCUGGCGCUGGCCGCCGUGGCUACUCGACCUACCCCGCCAUCGCUCGCGCCGAGGCUCCCGCUCACGAAGUCAAGCUCUACCGGGACCAGCUCAACAGCCUCUUCCAUCGCAGGGACAAUGGCUGGAACUUCAUCGCCGCCGUGGCUCAGUACGAUGGAAUUAAUCAGUGCAACGCAGCGAGCGACAACUACCAUCACGCCCGACGUAAGGUCCUGAUCCCUCAGGAUUGCAUUCAGCUGCCCACCAGCAACAACAGCAAGGGCCUCAAAAAGACGCGAGCCUCUCGUCUCAAGUCGCACAUCUACACGCUCGACUCUGGCAAGAAGGUGCUCGCUCGGGGAAUGCACGGCCUGCCUCCCGUCCGCAGCGUCUUCCUCGUUGAUGAGACGCACCCCGAUGGAGGUCGUCACGAGGCGAUCAAGCAGUCCAAAGCUCUACCCAUGCCUCCCUUCAUCGGCGUCUCAGCCCGCAGCGAUGGUGGGGACCCAACCAAUGGCUCCUCCACGUCUACCACGCUCGAGGUCGGCGCCCCUUGCACGUGCCUACCUCAGAGCUCUGAUGGCGGGGACUACGGCGAUGACGGUGACAACCAAAAGUCGUAGCGCACGCGCGCGCCGCCCAGCACACCCAGCAUAUACACACCACUUCUCUCAUUCGGCGUCGACUUAGUGCGCCCAACACGCAAGUACACACCACUUCUCACACGCGGCGUCGACUGAGUCUGCCCAACACCAGCUCAUGUAGUGCUAGUCUCGUCUCUCUGUCUCGAUAGCUCCCCGCCUGACGCCUUUGCGGUCGACUGACUCGACUCGCCUGGCUGUAUCAAGAGCACUGUCAUCGUCCUCUCCUCGCGCCGUGUCCGCCGUGGCAAUAUCAUCCUAGCUUUGCGCGCGAGCAGACUGGCAUGUCAUUGCGUUUGCCUUUCGCUUUUGGGA